AUGAAUAAAGAAGAAAGUUUAUCGGACACGCGUCCAGGAUCGCAAGAGCUGCACAGUCCAGCGCGUCAUUGCUACACACCGCCAACACAUGGCCAACAACAACAACAGCAACAACAACAACAACCGCCGCCGCCAUCAACACCAGCGCACACUCCGGUCUCGGCGGCUCCAUCGUUGACCACUCCAAGUCGCCUACUUGGAUGGAAUCACAGUGCAGCUGCAGCCGCAGCAGCUGCCGCGGCAUCCAUUGCAUCCAAUCAUCAGGCAGCCAGUCAGGCAUCGGGGGAUCAAUCUGGAUUGCCGCGUCUCAAGGGUCAGAAUCUGGGACUCAUCUGUGUGGUGUGUGGCGACACCAGUUCGGGCAAACAUUACGGCAUCCUGGCGUGCAAUGGUUGCUCGGGUUUCUUCAAGCGCAGCGUGCGACGCAAGCUCAUUUAUCGCUGCCAGGCAGGCACCGGACGUUGUAUUGUGGACAAGGCGCAUCGGAAUCAAUGCCAGGCAUGCAGGCUUAAGAAGUGCCUCCAAAUGGGCAUGAACAAGGAUGCCGUGCAAAAUGAGCGACAGCCCCGCAACACCGCCACUAUACGGCCGGAGACACUGCGGGAGAUGGAACACGGUCGAGCACUGCGAGAAGCCGCCGUAGCCGUUGGUGUUUUUGGACCUCCUGUGCUACUUUCACCGCCCUGCUACGGCUCGAGCCUGCUGCCACCGCCCUCUUUGGGCAGCCUGCCGACGGGACGUCUGCUGCACCACAAUCACCUCAGCUCAUCGAUGCAGUUGGCCACGAAUCACAUGAAUCAUGCCAGCGGUUUUCCCAUCUUCAACAGCGCUGGACUGCACCAUUCGCCUAAGGAGAAGGCAGCCUAUGGCGUCGCCAUGGAGUUGUCCAGCAGCGGCAACAUCUCGCACUCGACCAACUCCAGCAGCAAUCACUCCAUUGAUCCCAGCUCACCGGCUCCAGAUGCGGCCAAUGAUAACAACAAUGCCGGCGGCAGCGUCUCCUCCAUCAGCUCCGCGAGUCCAAUGCCAGAGAACGAUAAUGAUGAUGACUCGAUUGAUGUGACCAACGAUGAGGAGCCGAAUACGGGAAGCAGAAGCGAUGCGAGCUUCAUAAUGCCGCAGUUCAUGUCGCCCAAUCUCUACAAUCAUCAGCAUGAGACGGUCUACGAGACGAGUGCCAGACUGUUGUUUAUGGCAGUUAAAUGGGCCAAGAAUCUGCCGAGCUUUGCCCGGCUGUCGUUUAGGGAUCAGGUUAUACUGCUGGAAGAAUCGUGGUCUGAAUUGUUUCUCUUGAAUGCCAUUCAAUGGUGCAUUCCCCUGGAUCCCACAGGCUGUGCGCUCUUCUCGGUGGCCGAGCAUUGCAACAACUUGGAGAACAAUGCAAACGGUGAUAAUUGUGUCACCAAGGAGGAAUUGGCUGCCGAUGUGCGAACGCUGCAUGAAAUCUUCUGCAAGUACAAGGCUGUGCUUGUCGAUCCCGCUGAGUUCGCCUGUCUCAAAGCCAUUGUGCUCUUCCGACCCGAAACCCGUGGCCUUAAGGAUCCGGCACAGAUCGAGAACCUGCAGGAUCAGGCUCAUGUUAUGCUGUCGCAGCACACGAAGACACAGUUCACAGCGCAAAUUGCUCGAUUUGGUCGAUUGCUGUUGAUGCUGCCUCUGCUGCGCAUGAUCAACUCCCACAAGAUCGAAUCGAUCUUCUUUCAGCGCACCAUUGGAAACACGCCCAUGGAGAAGGUGCUCUGCGACAUGUAUAAGAACUAGAUAAUUUAACGCUUAAGUUUUUAUGUAAUUU